GUAGUAAUGACGCAGUUUCCUUCUGUAUUCUAAAUGGGUGCUGCUUACUUGUUAGCUAAAAAAAAUGAGUUUGUUUUUGCCGAAAUUAACUUGUAAAAAAGACAUAGAUGAAGUAAUAAAGGGAGUAGCGGAAAAGGUCUUAGUUCUGAGGUUUGGCAGAGAUGACGACUCUGUUUGUCUCCAGUUGGAUGAGAUUCUGUCAAAAACGGCCCAUGACCUGAGUAACAUGGCGUCAAUCUACAUAGUUGACGUGGAUAAAGCUCCAAUCUACACAAGAUACUUUGACAUCAGUUACAUCCCCUCCACUGUUUUCUUUUUCAAUGGACAGCACAUGAAAGUGGAUUAUGGCUCUCCAGAUCACACCAAGUUUGUUGGCAGCUUCAAGACCAAGCAGGAUUUCAUGGAUCUAAUUGAAGUCAUUUACAGAGGCGCCAUGCGGGGGAAGAUGAUUGUCCAGAGUCCUAUAGAUCCACAAAAUAUUCCUAAAUUUGAUCUCCUCUACCAUGGAAUCUAGGGCAGAUAUCUGCGGGAUGUGGUGUUCUAUGAGUGUAGACUUACUGUGCCAUCCCAAAGCUGUUUUAUGGACUUUCAAAUAGAUUUGACUUUUUAAGAAGUCAAAUAUUAUUCUUAAUGUUGAAGUUGAAGUGCCCCAUAUUUUGAAACUUUGUUUAUUUUUUUCUAACAGAUGGCAAAUAAACAACACAGUAGUCUACAUUUUUUGGCCUUUUGCUGCAUUUAGAGACUUUUUGAUCACAAUAGUUUCCCACUGUUCCUCUGGGUUAUUUGUGAUCGUAAACAAACAAAAGUGCGAGGUUCUAAACAUGGUUGUAAACAGUAUUGGUUUUAAACUGGUUUUGCAGAUGUUCAAUGCUGAAGGGAUUUUCUGUUGCACCUUAGGGAUACACAGAUUUUUUUCCUGUUCAGUAGAAGUGACUGUAAACAGAAGGUUUAUUUACAGGUAAACAUCACAGACACAGUGUUAAGUGUUAGCAUGCGUACUGAAGUACCAUGCUAACCUAAACUUCUGUUAACUCUGUUACAAUCAUAAUGGAGUUUUAAAGUUUUAACAAACUGAAAGUGAAUAUUUGUAAGAACAUAAAAAAAUAUUAUUUGCAUAAACACUUAUGUCGGUUUAUUUGCUGAUUGUUUAAAUUCUUAUUUUUCAGUACUGUUUCCUUUGGUUUGUUUUUAUCACAAAGUUUGAUGGAGAGUGUAUGGUUCUGAGAAAAAGCUCUGUUCACUUGUAUUUAUUAGCUUUUAAAAUGCAAUGUAACUGUGGUGUUUCCCAUGGAGAAAACUGCAUAUCAGCAGAAGGACAUGAUUUAUUUAUGCUUUGUGUAUGCUGUUUUAACAAUAAACUUUUAUUAUAAAACUG